AUGAGUGGGACAAUUUCAUUUUCCAAAGGUCUAGCCGAUAUCAGUGCUUUAGAUUCGAAUAAAUCCACCUCUGAUAUAUCCACUAGACGCUUCAGCGACAAUGGAAUAACGGAAGUUAGUGAAAAAAAAUUAUGUACAACCUGCAAUGAAUACAUCGAAGCUGCAAACUUUCGUGGUCAUUUCAAAUGUGAGUGGCAUAGGUACAACAUGUACAGGAAGCAAAAGCAGUUGUCGCCCAUUGACUUUGACAUGUUUUUGGAACGGGAAGAGAUGGCAAAGCAACAGGCAUUGAUUGUUAAACAGAAGGGGCAAGAUCAUAUCAAGCACAAGGUUCACUCAUGUCCAUUAGAUUUGAAUAGUAGAAAUGAUACAACUUUGCAUAGCGAUUUGGAUGAGAAUGUUGUUAAAAAGAAGGGCACAAAAAAUCGAGUUAAUGCAAUAAAAUAUUGUGCCGGAAUGAGUAUAUUCAAUGCCAAAUUUAUAGGUAAUCCAAAUGAUGCCCUAAAUUUUAUGAUAAAACACAACGGAUUCUAUCUCCCUGAAGCCGAGUACAUAUCAAACUUAGCUGGAUUACUAGAAUACCUAGGUAAUAUUGUAUUUAUUGGAAAUGAGUGUUUAUAUUGUGGGAGGAUAUUCUCAACUUUAUAUGCCGUGUGGCAUCAUAUGGAGGCGAAGGGACAUCAAAAAAUUCCAUACGAAAUGAUUGAAGAGAUUUAUCAGUUUUAUGACUUUACGCCCUCCUAUGCCAAACUGCUCAAGAACAGGGGCGAUCUAGUCAAUGUUGCCGGAAGCGAUAUCAACUUUACCAGCGUAGAUGGUGAUAUAGAUGAUGAGUGGGAAGAUAUCAGCGAUAUAGAUGGCUAUGAUGAACAAAUAAUUAAACCAGAAUAUAAUGAACCGCAAAUAUUAAAAAUAUAUUCCAAAUAUAACCUGAGACCGGCGAUGAUUGACGAGAAUAACAAUCUAACCCUACCCGAUGGAAGGGAAGUGGUAAAUCGUUCUACAGCUUAUGUGUAUAAGCAGCAUUUGAGGCCUAUACGCAUGUUUAGCGGUGCACUACUGAUGUCUAAAUCGGCAAAUAAUAGAAUUUGUAAAGAGGAUUUCAAGGGUAAAAUUUCUUGGUUAAGAGAUAAAAUUAGGCAAAAUAUACAUAAGGACGUCAGAUCAUACAAACUUUUCAAGGUUCGCUCACAAAACAUCAUUUUUAAGUGA